CUGGGCGGAGAGCAUCUCUGGCUCUGGUUCGAGGUGGAGCCAGACGCAGAAACGAGCCUGAAGCGCUUUAAGAGGAGACGGACGCUCGUGCGCGCUACUGAUCCGAUUCUCUGCGAUGAUCUGACCUCAGUCCAGAUCCCUGCUCGGACCCCGACGCGCGAGAGUCUCGUGGCGGAUCGUGCUGAAGAAUCUCCCGGGUGUGUGUCGAGCCGAAGACGCGUCUCGCGCAGAGCUCCUCAGGAGGAAGACAUCACCUCAUCAUCAUGAUCCAGAGAGGAGGACGGACACCAUCUCAGCUUCUUCUGCUGGUGUCCAGCAUGUGUUUUGUGAGUGCUGAAUACUUGAGCUGUGGAGAAAAUGAGUUUUAUAAUCACACAAUCAGCAGCUGCCAACCCUGCCCUCAGUGUCAGCCGGGACAAGAGCCCAACAUGAACUGUGGUUACGGCACUAAAGAUGAGGACUACAGCUGCGUGGUGUGUCCGGCCGGGAAGUUCUCCAAAGGCAAGUACGAGAUCUGCCGGCGACACAAAGACUGCGACUCUCUGUACCGCGCCACGGUCCUGACGCCGGGGACUCUGGAGAGCGACGCCGAGUGUGGACCGUGUUUACCGGGGUACUACAUCCUGGAGAACCGUCCUCGUAACAUCUACGGCAUGGUGUGUCACUCGUGUCAGAACGCUCCUCGUAACAUCAGAGAGUGCAUGCAGUCGACUCCGCCGUCAUCAGGACGAGCUCCCAGCGUGUCGUCCAGCAGCACCACCAUCUUCCCACACGCAGAGAAAGAUCCAACAGGACAAGGUCACCUAGCAACGGCCCUCAUCAUCGCCAUGUCAACCAUCUUCAUCAUGGCCAUCGCUAUAGUGAUGAUUAUCAUGUUCUACAUCCUGAAGACCAAACCCAGCGGACAAGCAUGCUGCUCUGGACAAAUAAUAAAGACAGUAGAAGCCCAAACAAACAAGCAGGAGGAGAAGAAGGAGGUUCAAGAAACCGUGGUGAUCUUUUCAGAAAAGGACGAGUUUGAUAAGCUCAAGCCUUCUUCUCCAAAAACAGUGAAGAGUGAGAACGACGCGUCGUCGGAGAACGAGCAGCUCUUGAGUCGCAGCAUGGACAGUGAUGAAGAAGCAGCUCAGGACAAACAGGGAAGCGCUGACCUCUGCCUUCUGUCUCUGGUGCAUCUGACACGGGACAAGACCUGCUCCACCAACACCAUCAACACCACCAUCAACAAUAACACCACCAACACCAGCAGCAGAGCCACCGGGAUUCACAGCCGAAGGAAGAAGAUCCUGGAUCUGUACACGAGAGCCUGCAGUGUCGCAGAGGGUCUGAGUCCCACCGAGCUCCCGUUCGACUGUCUGGAGCGCAGCAGCCGGAUGCUCAGCGCCACCUACAGCACAGACAAGGCAGUGGUGAAGACCUGGAGACACCUGGCCGAGAGCUUCGGCCUGAAGCGUGACGAGAUCGGAGGCAUGACGGACGGCAUGCAGCUGUUCGACCGCAUCAGUACAGCGGGAUACAGCAUCCCUGACCUGCUGACCCGUCUGGUGCAGAUCGAGCGACUGGACGCCGUCGAGACCCUCUGCUUCGACAUCCUGGGGAACAGCGUCCCCCCGUCCAGCCACCAUCCCAACCUGAGCUCGCGCUGCGCCAGCGUCUGACAGCGUCUCCGGAGACGGAUCUGGACCUGCGCAGACCACCCGUGUGUUUCUGUCGUUCACAGACGGACGCUUCACUGCGACGCUGCUGAUUCUGAGAGCAGAUGAACACACUCCUACAUGAGCACAGACACCUCCAGACUGACUUCACACACUGUUGCAUUAAUAAUGCCACAGUAAUUGUGUUUUAAUUUUACAGUGACCGUCUGCUUGCUCUCUGCUGCAACAAGAGACUGGAGAAUCCAGCUACCUGAUCAAAAACACAUCUGUUUUAAUAAGGCAAGACACUACAGGGUUAACUCAACUCGGCGAUACUUCACCAGUUGAUUAAUCACAGUACAUUAAAAGAGAAAGUUCCAGGACAGGAACCUGAGCAUUGCAUUCAUCCAGGUUCAAAGGUCAUAUCACACUGUGUCCACUCCAGACUGAACACUGACCGAAGCACAUAAUCAGCGCAUGAGAUGUGUUCCAGCCGAGACGUUGCAGAAAUAGAAACAGUUUCUGAAACUUUGCGUGUCCCUGUCACAGCUAGUUAUAAGACAAAAACUCAGAUUAACAGGGAAAACAUUUGGGGUUUGUAAGAGGAAAAAACUUUAAAUAUUGAAGUCUACAGAUGAUGAUCGAUUAAGGACAAUAAACUAAACACUUAAGUGUGUAUUGUGGAUGUUUUCUUUCCACUAGUCUGAAAGAAGAGGCAUGAAAACACUGAAGUGACCAGUGCAAGUGACAUUUAGUCCUGGUACUACUACUACAAUUAUUAUUAUUAUUAUUAAACAUAAUGAUCAUUAUUCUUAAUUUUUUUUAAAAUAUACUAUGUACCAAAAAUGUUAUCCAUUAAAAAAAACACAUUCUAGC